GAUAUCGAGAACAUUGCUAUGAGUUCCGCGAGUGAAGUCGGAUACCUCGCCCACAAAGGCUUGGAGUUGGUGGACAUGCUGGAGUGGUAUUAUCGGCAACAUGCGAACGUAGAGAAAUACGCAGUGGCGGUUCUAUCCAGCAUAUCGACGACAAGAGCGCUACUUGAAAGUCUUGACGCUCUAGAAAAGAAGAGAGCGCUGGAUGAAACGACUAAGUCGCAGAAAUACCUGGGAAUACUGACUCACGUCCGCAACCUACGAAUGAUAGCGACGGUUUUGGAUCAAUAUGAAGCCUGGAACUAUAGGCAUCACUCGAUACAGAGACUGACAAAAAACCUGGAAGAUAUCUCGUUGGUAUUUGACAAGAGGGGUGUUCCGGAGGAUGGAAAACUAGCAGUGCCAGAGGAUACUGUUUCAAUGCCGUCUCGUCUCAACUUGAUGAUCAUAUUUUUCGAAUAUCUAGGCAUAACCCCCCUAGACUUCUCAUUGUUUUCACUGCGGGGGAUUUGGGAAGAAGAAAUUCCGCCAGGUCAUAAGCGGGUUCGCUGGGAAAAUAUUCGCGGGAAGCGAUUGUACGACGACUACGUAGAGCAUGUAGCAGGCGCAGCGCAUGAUCUGCAAGCGUAUCUCGAUGGCGCAAUACGUCGAGGCCAAAGCGAGACCGAACACACCACUAACAAUGCGCUACCUGCGCCCACAACACCGUUUCCCAGAAGUGAAGCCGUUUCGGGUUUUGAUAGUCAGUCGGCAGAUGUUACUGACCAUAGAUUUUCGGAAGACGUCGAGAGCGGGAAGAGCGCAAGCAUUGAACACGAGUCGAAGCUCACCAGAGCAAUGCCACGAACCUUGCAUCUUUUCGUGUGCACCAGCAAAAGCUCUCACACAACGGAACUCCACCAAGAACACGUAUCAGAGAUUUCCGAUGACAGAGAAUUAUUUCAAGAGCUGCGUCGAAGCUACCACAAACAUCGAGGAAGAUUUCGGUCUUAUUGGUCGCUUACCACCGUGCACAGCAUCCACUUUAUGAAGUUUGCGUACGGGGGCCCACGUUACGUCGACGUACGAUGCCACGAUGAUCUCUGCGAACCGUACCAACUAUGCGCUUGCAUACCCCCGAAAGAUAUGGUCUACCCACACGGACCUGACUACGACUGCCAUCCCAUCCCUCCUAGGCUGUCUCCACCAGUCGGCAAGCGGUUGAUGAUGGAUCUAUUCACACACCCCGAAAGUAUCGAGCCCAACAAGAGACUAGUGAUUGAGCAGCUUCCUAAAAGCCGGCUUGGUGGAUUGAAUGCAGAAUAUUCUCAUGAAUUUACUCACGCCUGGGGAAUAUAUUUCAAAGAAGGUUGGCACUGGGUUAAGAUAUGGGUUUUUCUCGGGGUUGGGUUUUUUCCUCCGAGUCUAUUGUUUGGGGUAAUAUGGAGUGUGGUGCGGGAUGAUGUCCAGGGUGGAUUUGGGGUAGCGGCGUGGUGGUUAGCGGGAGCGACGAUCGUUGUUGGCAUUCUAGGAACUCGGUCAAUGACAUCGUGA